GGAGCGACACAGCGGACGCCGCCGAGGAGACUCCGGACCGCGUGAGAGUCGCCGAGAUUCCUGCGUCAUUAACCCGCGCCCGCUGUGAGGGUCACGGGGUCUCGGCCACCAUGUCGUCUCCGGCCACCAUCGUGCACGAUGCGUCGGAGGCAGUGCCGCUGUGCGCGCAGCUUGGGCUGUACCUGAAGCCGAUCGCGCGGGUGACGAUCGCGGUGUCGCUGCCUCCGCUGCGCCCGCCGGGGCGCUCGGUCUCGAACUGGGAGGUGAUGGAGCGGCUGCGGGCGCUGGCCCAGGCCGCGCGGGCCCCGUUCGCCACGCUGCGCAUCGCCAGGAGCUCGCUCGACUCCGUGCGCCUUGAGGGCGAGCUCGAGAACCGCGCUGCUGUGCGCGCUGCGCUCGCCCGCCUGGACGGCCGCACCAUCCGCCUGGCGGGCUUCGCCGACGGCCUGCGCGUGCGCGCAGCAGAGGCCCGCGCCGACUUCCCCUCCCGCCACGACUGGGAUGCCUUCUUCCGCGACGCCCCCGACAUGGACGAGGCCCUGCCGGGCGAGCGCCCCGACACCGUGCACCUCGAGGGCCUGCCCUGCCGCUGGUUCGCUGACCGGGGGCCGGGAGUGGCGGCGGCGGCUGGGUCAACUUCAGGGGCGGGGCCAUCGAUGACAGCACCUGUGACAUCGUCAUCGAUGACAUCAGCAGCAGCAUCCGCGACAUCGACGUCAUCAACGACAUCAACAGUGACGUCAUCGGUGACAUCGCAGCCAGGGACGUCGGCGAUGUCGUCGGGAACAUUGGGGGUAGCAGCCAUGACGACGUCAUCGUCGCCCGUGACGUUGACAUCCUCUGUGAUGUCAUCUUCCAUGACAGCAUCGGGGGCGUGGCCGGGGUCCUCCCCAGAGCGGCCGAGCGAGGCGGUGCUGCGCCAGGCGUUUGCGGCCUUCGGUGAGAUCCGGCGCGUGGACAUCCCGAUGCUGGACCCGUACCGCGCGGAGGUGGACGCGGCGGGGGGGCGGGGCUUCCACACGUUCAGCUUCGGCGGGCAGCUGCAGUUCGAGGCCUACGUGCAGUACCGAGAGUAUGCGGGGUUCGCGCGUGCCAUGGCCGCCCUGCGUGGGAUGAAGCUCAUGUUCAAGGGCGAGGACGGCAAGGCGGUGGCCUGCGGCAUCAAGGUGUCGUUCGACUCCACCAAGCACCUGAGCGACGCCUCGAUCCGCCGCCGGCAGCUGGAGCGGCAGAAGCUGCGCGAGCUCGAGCUGCAGCGCGAGGAGCAGAAGAGGCGGGAGCGCGAGGCGGAGGAGCGGCAGCGGAUGGAGGAGCGGAAGCAGCGCGAGGCGGAGGAGCAGGAGCGCGAGCGCCGCCGGGAGGAGAAGCUGCGCAGGCGGGAGCAGCGGGCGCGGGCGCGGGAGGAGAGGCGGAGCCGGCGCCGCGUGGAGAAGCUUCAGGCUGAGGAGCAGCGGCGGCUGCAGGAGAAGAUCCGUGCGGAGGAGCGGCGGCUGCUGCUCGCCCAGCGCAACCUACAGAGCGUGCGGCUGGUGGCCGAGCUGCUGGCGCGGGCCGAGGCCGCCCGCCUCCGAGAGCGGGCCCAGACCGAGGAGGCGGAGCUCCGGCGCCGACGUCACCAGCAGGAGGCGGAGCUCCGCCGCGUGGAGGCCGAGAAGCGGCGAGCGCUGGGGCUGCAGCGCCGGGAGCGCGAGCUUCGCCAGCGCCUCGUCUCCCUGCUGCUCGCCCGCCGCCCCGACCCCGGCGACCCCGGCAACGACACCGCCCCCCGCGCCCGCGCUGAGGACGACCUGCUGCGGCCCGUGCUUGACAUGUUGUGGCGGGGCGGGGCCGGGGGCGGGGCUGGGGCAGGAAGGCACGGCAUCCAGAAAGGAAGUGACGUCAUUCAGACAGGGAGCGUGUUCCCUGACACAGGAAGUGGUGUUGCCGACACAGGAAGUAACGGCACCAGGACAGGAAGUGAUGUCAUCGAGGCAGGAAGCGAUCCCGCGGAGGCCGGGAAGGGCCCUGACGCCCAGCUCAGGCGAGACAAGUGUAGCCGCGACCUGGAGGUGGGGCCGGAGGGGGAGGGCGGGGCGGAGCAGGCGGAGGGGCGUGGCAUGCGCGGGAGGAGGGAGCCACGCCCACCACGGAAGCCGCGCGACGGGGGCGGGGCUGAGGAGGAGGAGGAGGCCGAGCCGCUGGGCGGGAGCCGCGAGCGACGGCGAGCCCGCGAGGCCGAGAAGGACCGCGGGCGCGAUCGGAAGCGCGGGCGUCACCAUCGCGAGGAGGAACGCGGGGGAAGGGGAGGGGAGUCGCGGUCGCGCUCGCCGCGGCGCCGCCCUGCCUGGACCGGCGCCUGCAGCCCCGCGUCUCCCAGGAGGCCUCCAUCCAAGGACCCCGGGGACGGCUCCGCCUGAAUCCGCGCACAGCCCCGCGCGGCGUGCCGGCCCUUCCUCCCUCCGGCGGUGCACACAGGCAGGGCGGGGCCUCCGAGGGUGACGUGAGCCUGGGGGCGGAGUCAGUGCGUGGGGGAGAGCUGAGGCUCGAGUGUGGUUUACACUCGCGUGGACUCGAACUCACGAAGCGCUGCUGCCCACGAGGAGUUACCGUGCGCUUCUCAGCAGCAGAGACGGACUUUGUGUGUGUGUGCGCGCGCAUCUUUGCGUCAUGGCACCCGAGGCACGCGCACAUGUAUGUAUGUAUGUAUGUGCACGUGUGUCCCCUGAAAGGCUGAGUACACUCGUGACCUCUUCGCGCCACUUCAUGGAGACGACGUCGUCGAUCGCUGUGUCACUAUGCGCAUCACGUAAAGUAACAAUAAACUAUGCAGACGCUGCACAAAACACAGGAAA